GGUCUCUCGAUCCUCGGGUGAUCAGGACAACGGCUUCCUCAUCGAGCUAAGCGGGAUGGGCACUGUCCUUGCCGCCUUUCGAAACCACGACCUUGACCCGGCCACGAAAAGGCCAACACAUUUCCGCAUCACUGUGUGUCAAAGUCACGAUGGUGGUCGCACGUGGUCUUUCCUCAGCCAGGCGGCAGAGCAGAGUGCUGCGAGCAGCAAUGGGCUCGGGCUCUGGGAGCCCUUCAUGCGCAUCGGUUGCGGUGGGGAGGUGCAGCUCACAUAUUCGGGCGAGCUCGCGCACAACGAUCAAGAAACCUUCCGUGUGGUCAGCCAUGAUGGGGGCCGCUCUUGGUCCAGGCCAGAGUGCCUCCGCUGCCACCCAGAGCAUGAAAAUCUGCGCGACGGGAUGCAGGGAAUUGUCCCGGUGCUCGAUCGCAGCAGCCCGCACAGCCGGGGGCCUGGAGAAGCGCUGGUCAUUGUCUUUGAGACUACACGCCACGGCACUUUCAGCAUCGAGUAUGCCCUGAGUUAUGACGAUGGCACAACCUGGGCAUAUCGCGGUGAAGUGUAUCGCCCGCCGCCCGGUCGCAAUGCGGGGGCGCCCCAGAUCGAAGUAUGCGAGGGCAAAGUCGCCGUUGUGUUCAUGACCGACGAAGAGGCUGAUCACCCGGAAUGGCCACGCAAGGCAAAUAUUAAGAUGGCUGUGUCGCAAGGUGUCGAGGGCGGUCGAGUACAGUGGACGAAGCCCCUGCUGGUUCAUGAAGCACCGAGUUUCUGGCCUGGCGUCUUCUGUACCGGGCCUGACGAAGUGAUGGCAUUGUUCGAGCAUAAUGGGCUACCUCUAGGCAAAAAGUUUCGCUUCAAUACUGUUUCGUAAACAGCGAAGCAGUAUUGAGUUACCCCAUCUAGCCGGUAUGACAUGAACGAUGCAGUCGA